AUGCAUGUGCUGUUUUGGGGACUAGGGUUUCUGCUAUUUCUCCCAGACGUUUUGAAUGUAGUGUUAUCCACGGAGAGAUCGCUAUUGAAUUCAAGAAAAGGUAAAGUAUUUCGACCUGCCCAAAAAAUGUUUUACCAUGUGAUGUGUUAUUUUGUAACCGGUAUGCAGAGAAUGAAUGACUUUUUUCAGGAUCAGCAAAACACAUGACUUGCAAUGCAUUUAUACAUUUAUAAUGGUCUUAUGUUUUUGAAUUACUUCAUUUCACAGGGCAAACGUAAUUAACUCAUACAACAUUAUUAUUAUUAUAGUUAUUAUUAUUAUAAUUAUGUAUUAUCAUUGCUUAUGAUAUAGCCGUUAUACCAUGGCUUUCUUCACCAGCUAAAGUGCCUAAGCAGCUUGGCGCAUACGAGAUUGUAACUCCGGCGCGAGUGAAUGAAGCCGGUGACAACUUUCCCACGAGCGUGCACUUCAAAAGGAAAAGGCGGAGUGUGGACGGUGUCCCUGGCAACUCCUCCGAUCAAUGGGCCUCUCCAACAAUCCAUUUCAAAAUAUCUGCGUUCGGACAGAGCUAUCACCUCAACCUGACACUCGAGUCCGGAUUUAUCGCUCCGCUAUACACAGUGACAGUACUAGGAGCACCUACCAGAGGUAACAUAACGGAUUUCACCCUGGAGGAGGAGGCGGAGGAGGAUACGGAGUAUCAGCACUGCUUCUAUAAAGGACAUGUGAAUGCUCAAACGGAGCACACCGCAGUCAUCAGUCUCUGCUCUGGAUUGGUGAGUCCAAGCACUUUGAGUAGCCCUCCCUUGAUACAGUGUUCUACAAUGUUUCUCUAGUCUGCACUAUGAUAGGCGCACGUGUUAUAUGACUAGAUAUGAAACUGUAAUACCAAUUGUUUACUAUGCAGCUGUUCACAUAAUAAUACUAUGGCAACAUGAGAACAUUAGGGGAACCUUACCUGGCAACGGAGUGCAUUUUUACCUCUGCACAAAGCGCGCCUUUCCAGCCUUGUGCAUUUGUGUUCAACAUGCAAGUGGUGACUGUUAAUGAGAGACAGACAUUAUGUUAGCUCUUGUAUCCCUGACAAUCUAAAACGAGCUGCUAAGAUAAAUAACUUUGUGCCUAGAUGUCCUCUCUCUUGUCCUCCUCCACUUCAUCCAUCAUUCACUCUGGAUGCAUGCUCCUCCGGUCGCUGGUGACGUCCUACGCACAUUAGUGCAGAGGGAGCGCCAGUGGUGCUGACGUCAUCACGAUUCAGUCUCGGACAAGAACAUAAUAUCCAUUCAUGCAUGACGUUGUGGAGUAGAAAUUCCCUAGGGAUACUUACAGAUUGUAUUGAUAACAAUUAUUAACUAACUGCGAACAUCUUUGAGGUCAUCACAAAUCAAACAAAUGGGACUUUUAAAUUUUUUUUUUUUUACAUUUUAGUCAUUUUUAGCAGACGCUCUUAUCCAGAGCGAUUUACAGUUAGUGAGUGCAUACAUGUUUUUUUUCUUACUGGCCCCGCGUAGGAAUCGAACCCACAACCCUGGCGUUGCAAGUGCCAUGCUCUACCAGCUGACCUACAGGGGGACCUGUACUAUAGGCCUAGUUAGCUUGCUUGUGGAUAUCAUUUGACAUUAAAAUAAAACAAAGUUAAUGUUGGUCUAUGGGUGUGAUUCAUGCCAAUAAAAUGCACUAUUAAAAAGUGAAAAUGAUCAAGCAUUUAUAGGCUAUUUAUUCAUACAUCCAAGGACUUGUAACUUGCUCUGGACCUAUUCACAGGGAAACGGUCAGAAGUAGGUAUAUGCACACUGAUAUAUUAUGAAUCAUAUCCACUUACCAUGAAUUAACCACUUUCUCAUUUCAAUUCCACUUUGUAAUUUAAAUUACGUGAGUCAUCAUCCUCAGUCAUAAUGAGAGGGGCUCCCACAACUAAAUCAAUACUUGGUGUUGUCAUUAUACAGUAUCUUGUUUGCAUGUGAGUACAAUGGUGAAUAUUCCCAAUGGUCAUUACAUUUUGCAUACAGCAGACCUACAGUAUAUGAUAUGCCUUUUUCCCUAGUUUGAGGUGGUUUCAAUCUCAUACAUAAGCAAUGAAAUACAUUUUCAUGGUGAAUUAGGUUCACUCUGGGCCACCCUAUUGGUCUGUAACAUUGCCCAGUGCAGCAUUGUCCAACUCAAUCUAAAUUAGAAAUGAGUGCUGUUUCCACAUUGCUUAGCUUUGCACUUUGCUUGUCUGGUGUAUCUUUGACCUCCAAGUUAACUAGUAGUACAGCCUGUGCUUUAUGAAAUGCAACAAGGCUUCCACCAAGUCUGCCAACUGUGCCAAGAAACAAACAAAAAGAGUUGCAUUGUUUUCUGAUAGGUAUCAUAGGACUCAUUCUUCUCCUUUUUCCUCUCUUUUGCAGGGACCAUUUUACUAAUAUGCAUGCAAAUACAUGUAUUUCAACACAUUCUCAUCACAUGAAUAGCUGUGUAUAAAAGCCAGUGGGGGCCCUGACAAGGAGCAUUUCAACUAAUAUUUUGAGUGUGUCCAUGCAAUACGAAUCCACACUCCAAUGUUACUGCAGUUAUUUCAAACAAUUCUGUUUCCUCCUGUUUUCUCCCUCUCAGCUUGGCACUUUCAGGUCACCAGAAGGGGAGUUUUUUGUGGAGCCCCUUCACAGCUACAAUGGAGAGCACUAUGAAGAAGAACACACCAAACCUCAUAUUGUGUACAGGAAGAAGGCCCCCAAGAAAGAGGCAGCCGGGGAGGACACUGCUUGUGACACAUCAGGUACAAUGAAAUAAUGAGAGGAGAGAUGCAAUGGAGAUUUUUGGUCUGAUAUUUUUAUUUUUUAUUUUUUUUGUGAGAAAGAGAGAGAGAACGAGCGAGAGAGCUGUGUCAGUUUCAUUGCGUCCGCUGACAGUUUCAACCUUCACCUGGUGUCUGAUGGCUCUGAGUGGAGAGGAGAAGAGAGAGGAUGGGACUCCCUGUCAGAGCUGCUACAUGUGUAAACAAAUGUGUGUGUGUGUGUGUGUCUCAGUCUCCCUGAUAACACGCCCCUCGUUAACCAGCCUUUAACAAGUUCACACAGACGUAAGCAAGGAAGGAUAAUCAUUGUCUCUCAUAUACAGUAUUAUAUCCCAAAACUCCACUAUAUGAUUCGCAAUUGAACUUAUUAUAGUCAUUUUACAAUUAUAGUCAUGACCAAUGACCAUGCUACUGUGCUGUCUUGUUUAGACUUUGGUGUAAAGCAGUGGCAUCAUUUUGCUCAUAGAACUGAGGAAAUACAGUAAAAAAAAUUGAAGUUGUGAAUGAAUGUUGUAAGGCAGAUAUAACAAGUUAUGAGUGGUUCUUUAGUGACUGACAUACAGUAUCUGAAAGACAAUAUAACUGUAACCAGUCAUUCUUAUGAUCUCACCAUCCUUCAGGCAAACACAUUGUGGCACAGCAAUUUCACUUGAACAACUGAUUACACAGAGGUGUAUGCAGAUGCUAUGCACCCUACAAUGCAGUAUGUGCAAAAGGUCAGAGGUUAUUCAAGUUUUCAAGAGCAAAGGGCAGAAUAUGCAUGCAUCUUACCUCUAAUUUCCCUAGCAAGUUCUACUAUAACUGGGUACUUUUUCAGCUCAUGCACAGGACAACCAUUUUGGAAGUUCUUCCUAGUAUCGCCGAAUCUCUGUUUAUUGCUACAAGUUCCUGUUGACUCUUGCACUUCCUGUGAUCAUUUGAUAAGAAAACACGAUAGGCACACUACCAUGAAGACACUGUGUAAAUUGUAUUGUAGGAAAGUGAUGCCAACUUCAAACAUUUAAGUAUGAAUUACUAUGAAAAUAAAUCUGAAUGAUAUUGAGUAGAGUAAUAUGCAAAACAUUUCACUACUCAUAGGUGUGUGUGUGUGUUUGUGUAUGUUACAUCUCAGAUUUGAUGACCUAAAAAUUAAUUUGAGUUCAAUAGAUUUUUGAAAAAGUUGGGAUGCAUAUAAGACAUUGUGCAGGCUUUUACAGGUACCCUUUGUAGCUCUGGAUUUUCAAGGGAAUAUGUUUCAGUCUGAAUAGAAUCAUGGGUAGCAGAAACAGCUCAACUUUUGUGCUGGAGACGGGGUCGAAAAGAAGAGUGGAGUGGUACUUGUGCUACUCCAUUGCAUUUGGUUGUCAUUUCAAGAUUAAAAUCAGACUCAGAAGUCACCCUGAGUCAUCCCUGGUGCUCCUCCUUGAGAUGUUGGGGCUUUGCUCCAUCUUUGGUGUGUGGCCGAGUGCCAGACUUACCUAAAGUGAACGCAACCCACGCCCUCAUCUCUCCUCCUCUCCUCCCCACUCCUUCUCUCUCCAGGCCCUUGGACCGCAACACUUUCGUUUUGACUAAUUCUUUUAGCAAUAAUAUGCAAAGAAGAGCAGCAGCAUAUUCACUUUGUAUGCAUUCACAAGCAUUACCUGGCAAUAGCAGAAAAACAGUGCUUUCAAGUAGGCUUGAGCGGUAUACUGUGUAUACUGUAUACUGGUGUAUUUUGAAAUACUGACAGUAUGAUUUUCAAUACUGUCAAAAUAUUAUUAUUAUUUUUAUUUUUUAUGGUUGGGGGUCCCCGAAAGCUCGGGGAUGCGUGCUACACCACUGCUUAUAACUAUAAGUUAACUAUCUAAGAUUUGCCAAAUAAAUUAUCUCCUGCUCAGGGCUCCAGCUAUGUAUUUGGUUUGCUAACUUGCUAGUUAAAUGGCUAGCUUUCCAGAUCAAGCUUCUUGGUUACAGCAGAGACAAUCAAUCCCCUCCUGGAUCAAGAUCCCUGCUGCCUACAUUUUUUUGGUGCAUCAAAACAAAUUACGCUUGGAAAGAAAUACCGCCCCUUGUGUGCACUGCCGGUAAUACAGUAUAUCCUGGUAUGGUCCAGGAACGGUAUAAAGUUAUGAAAAUCUGGAUACCGCCGAACCAUACUUUCAUGAAAGAAAGAAUGACAGUUGAUGGUAUGAUAAAUGCAAUAGCCUGUCAUACAAGCUUGCAGUAUAAGCUUGUGUUUUAUAUUGAGAGUAUUAUAUUCAUUUGACCAUCUCUUUUCCAGGACAUAAACACAGACACAAGAGGAACAGGGACAAGGUGA